UUAAAAACAAGAGGCAGGGCUGGCGGGGCGAACCACUGUGGCGUCUAUGGCUUUGGCUUUGUCGAUGGUGUACAUUGUCUCUGAUUAUCAUGAUUCUAGUGACCUCUGCUCGGAUGAUGCCGAAGCCCGACCACGGCAAUGGACCACUGCACACGCACACACAUUGAUCCAGAUACGACUGGUCGAGAUGAUAUACAAAUGGUGGACUGAUUGGCUUCGAGCACUUUCCAAACAUAGGAUAUUGAACACAACACGAGUCGACCUGCUGCCGUCGCGACCGACCUUUCACGCUCCGGCCAAUCCGCAAGAGCCCUACGUCCCAGUGAAACCGUGAAACCUCAACGACAGGCCGCCAGUCGAGCCUGGGGACCGGGCUUGUGAUUCCAGAAGCGAUGUCGACUGCCCUACCAGCGUACAGCCCGUCACACGGAAGCAUGGCCGGAUGGCUGGCGGUUGAAGCUCAUGGUCGCAUUUGGUGCCAUGCGCAGGACCAAUUCCAAUGCCCCCGAUCCUACCGGUCGGGUUGUACUGUGCGGCAUAGGGUGGAGGGGGAAAUGUAUCAGCCGCAGGAGAAUGGGAUCCUUGGGAUCUAUCACCACAGUGCAGUCGAUCGACCAUGGACGAUGGACGGAGGCCGCGUUGUCUGGUUCCGAUCGCCACUAGCCCCGGGUUCCCAAAAGCAAAAAUGCCAACCCCGGCGACUGCUCGAGAGCCAGAGGGACGUCAGUCAGGGCGGUCGAUCAUUUUUGAUACCCGACAUUUCCUUAUGCAGGCACCGGCACCAUUGGGGGGGGGGCUUCCGGUUGACUGGAGUUGGGACAGCAGAUAUCUUCCGAUCGUGCAUCCAUCACUUGUCUCGUUUUGAGGCAAGCGCAGGCACAGAGGACAACAAACAGCUCAGUGGGGGAGAUCUCAGUGGUCGGACCACGACGAAUGGCACCUGCAUUUGGUUGACUUGUCUGGUAGUGGAGUGUAUGUAGUGUAUUGUAGCACCGUACACCGCGAGGAGUGGUCAGACCUCCCCCGCCCACGGCCAAUCAAUGAAUCCAUGGACCCGGUUUCGGUUUCAUCCUCUCCU